AUGUUCCUGUGGAAUGGGCGGGAUAAUAAAAUCGCGGUAAUCAAAGCAGAAACCUUCCAAAAUCUUUUCAGUUUAACAAAUCUAAAUUUGGAAAGUAAUGAUAUCAACGAAAUUGAAGCCGGAGCUUUUGAGACCCUUUCCAAGUUAAGGACUUUGAAUUUGCAGGGAAAUAAUAUCGCAGAAAUCAAUGUCGGAACCUUCCAAAAUCUUUCCAGGUUAACAGAUCUGAAUUUGCGUGAUAAUAAUAUCGCAGAAAUCAAUGUAGAAACCUUCCAAAAUCUUUCCAGUUUAACAGAUCUGAAUUUGUGGGAUAAUAAUAUCCAAGAAAUAAAAGCAGGAACCUUCCAAAAUCUGUCCAGUUUAAAAACACUAGAUUUGGAUCGUAAUAGUAUAAAGGAAAUAAAAUCGGGCACCUUCCAAAAUCUUUCCAGUUUAACAUCUCUUUAUUUGCAAACUAAUAAUAUGGAAACCAUUGAAAUAAGAGCCUUACAUGACCUGCCCAGGUUACAAAAACUAUAUUUCAGUUAUAAUAAUAUUAAAGAAAUUAAAGUAGGCAUCUUCCAAAAUCUGUCCAGUUUAAAAUUUCUAUCAUUGAGUUCUAAUCAGAUCAAGGAAAUCAGCGCAGACACCUUUCGAAAUCUCUCCAAUUUAGAAGAUUUAUACUUGAGUUAUAAUAAUAUCACAGAAAUCAAGGCAGGCACCUUCCAAGAUCUGUUCAGUUUAAAAACCGUAUAUCUGGAAAAUAAUAACAUCGAAACAAUUGGAAUAAGAGCCUUCCGUGACCUGCCCAGUUUCACAACUUUAUUAUUGAGCUAUAAUAAUAUCAAGGAAAUCCAAUCAGACGCCUUUCGAAAUCUGUCCCGUUUAACAUAUAUAUAUUUGGAAUAUAAUAAUAUCGAAAAAAUAGAAGCAAGAGCAUUCCAUGAACUUCCCAGUUUGGGAUAUCUAUUCUUGGAUUAUAAUAAUAUCAAGGAAAUCCAGUCAGGUGCCUUCCGAAAUUUGCCCAGUUUAACAGAUCUAUUCUUGAGUCAUAAUAAUAUCAAGGAAAUCCCGUUAGACACCUUCCGAAAUCUGUCCAGUUUAACAGAUCUAGAGUUGCAUAAAAAUGAUAUCAAGGAAUUAGACGUUGGAGCUUUUCAAGAUCUUCCCGGAUUAGAUACUCUGGAGUUGUACGAAAAUAAUAUAACGAAUAUCAAAGCAGGAACCUUCCGAAAUCUUUCCAGUUUAACAGAUCUAGAGUUGUAUGAAAAUCAAAUCACUGAAUUAGAAGCUGCAUCUUUUCAGGAUCUUCCCAGUUUAACGAAUCUGAAGUUGUACGAUAAUAAAAUUAAGAAUAUCAAAGUAGGAACCUUCCGAAAUCUUUCCAGUUUAACAAGUCUGUAAGUUGAAU